AUGGUCUCUGCCGUUCCCGUCGCGCGGCCCGCGCCGUGGGAAAAGGUGCCUGACUACGACCAGCUCUUUGUCCUCAUUACGGGAGCUAACAGUGGCAUCGGCCUAGGCAUAGCCCAGCGCCUCAUUGACGAGUUCCUCGCCACGCGCUCCCUCACCUCGCACCUGAUCCUCCUUCCCACCACACGCAGCGCCCACAAAUCACUUGAGACUAUCCGCGUCCUGCGCGCCUAUGCCACCGCCGCGGCGCAGAAACCCGCCCCUGUCCUGCGCAGCCGCGCCGGCGGCGCCGCCGCAUAUCGCUGGCAGGACACAGUAGCGCGCAUCCAUGUUCUCUCGCUGCCGCUAGACCUCUGCGACCUUAAGGGCCUGUACGCCUUUGCGGACGCGCUGUGCGGUAGCACGGUGAGCAACCCAGAGGGCCUUCCGGACGAGUAUCUCACAAAUGUGCGCGUGCCGCGGCUCGACAGCGUCGUGUACAAUGCGGCGUAUGGAGGCUGGGAGGGCGUCAACUGGGGUGGCGCGAUCAAGUCGUUUUUCACAAAGGGCCUGCUGGAGACUGCGACGUAUCCGGAUUUCAAGACUGCGCUGCCGACGUGCAUUCUCAACGAGCGAUCAAGCUACGGCUAUCCCGAGAAACCGCUGCUUGGCGAAGUCUUUACCGCGUGCACAUUCGGCCACUACUGCCUUACGCACAAGCUCAGGCCGCUGCUCACCCGUCCGAGGAGCUCGGUCCUGCCUCCCGGCCGCAUCAUCUGGUCCAGCAGCGUCGAGGCGCACCGCAACACCUUUGACGUUGACGACAUCCAGUGCCUCACCCAUCCCGCGGCCUACGAGUCGGCCAAACGCCUCACCGAUAUUCUCUGCCUCACCAGCACCCUGCCGCAUGUCCGUCCGUACGCGCGGAGCCUGCUCCACGACGCUACCGCUUGUACCACGCCGUCGCGUCCGGGUCCGAAGUCAACCGACGUCAAAGACACCACCAAAUCCGAGGACACCGCCCUCGUCGGCCCCCGAAUGUACCUCUCGCAUCCCGGCAUCGUCGCCAGCACGCUCUUCCCGCUCCCCGCAUUCCUGUUCUGGUUGUACCAGUUCGCCCUCGUGCUCUGCCGCUGGGCCGGCUCUCCCUGGCACACGUCCACCGGCUACCGCGGCGCCUACGCUCCCGUGUGGCUCACGAUGCAGGAGCAGUCCAUCCUCGACGAGCUCGCCGCCGAGCGUAUCAAGUGGGGCAGCGCCUACGACCGCGCGGGCGACUCGUUUGUCAAGCCCACCGAGGUCGAGGACUGGGGCUGGCAAGGCGAGGUCGAGGACCCGGAGGAGGACGACACGACAGGCUCGCUGAAUAAAAAGUGCGGAAGGCGGUAUGGCGCGCGGACGGUGACGAGGGAGCAGCUCCUGGGGAUGGAGGAAUUGGGCGCGAAGUGCUGGCGCGAGAUGGAGAGGAUGAGAACGCAGUGGGAGGAGAUUCUGGAGCUGUAA